AUGAAGAUGCUAAUGUUGAUAAACUGUUUGGUUAUUGCCGGUUUCUAUGCCGGAUUUGGGACCGGUCAGCCUCUUGUACCGGCUCUAAUCAUAAUGGGAGAUUCAGUUGUCGAUACCGGUAACAACAAUCGCCGUACUACCCUCGUCAAGGCCAAUUUCCCUCCAUAUGGCCGCGACUUCUUCGCCCACAAUGCCACCGGCCGUUUCUCUAACGGAAAGCUCGCCAUCGACUUUACCGCUGAGUAUCUAGGGUUCACUUCUUACCCGGUGCCCUACCUUAGCCAACAAGCAAAUGGGACACAUUUGUUAACCGGAGCCAAUUUUGCCUCCGCUGCUUCCGGUUUUGACGAUGCAACUGCCCUACUAUAUAACGCAAUCACAUUGAACCAACAGCUGAAAAACUACAAAGAGUACCAAAGCAAAGUGACGAACAUGGUAGGGAGAGACAGAGCAAACGAGAUAUUCGCAGGCGCGAUUCAUCUUCUAAGCACGGGAUCAAGCGAUUUUCUUCAAAGCUAUUACAUUAAUCCGAUCCUUAACCGGAUUGUCACGCCUGAUCGAUACUCAGAUCGUCUCAUGAACAUCUAUUCCAAGUUUAUCCAAAAUUUAUAUGGUUUAGGGGCUAGAAAGAUUGGAGUAACGACGUUACCACCUUUAGGUUGCUUACCGGCUGCCAUAACGAUGUUUACUGAAGCCGGGAACAAUACGUGCGUCGAAAGACUAAACCGGGAUGCGGUUUCCUUCAAUACCAAACUCAACAAUACGUCUAUAUACUUAACCAACAAACUUCCCGGUCUGAAAUUGGUCGUCUUUGACAUCUACACUCCUCUCUUGAACAUGGUCAUGAACCCUGUCGAAAACGGGUUUUUUGAAGCAAGAAGGGCUUGUUGUGGAACCGGAACAAUGGAAACUUCGUUCCUAUGCAAUGCAAGAUCGGUCGGUACAUGUUCGAAUGCUACCAAUUACGUGUUUUGGGACGGUUUUCAUCCAUCCGAGGCAGCUAAUCGUGUUCUCGCAAGGAAUCUUCUUGUCCAAGGAAUCCCUCUCAUCUCCUAA